AUGGUAGGCGUGCAGGUGCUCCCCGUCGAGCACGGCGCAUUGUUUCCCAUGGUGCACGGGGUCAGGGGCGGCGGAGUCGGGAACGAGACGCAGGCGCCGCGGCACGGCUCGCCGCUCGUGCAGACCAUGGUCGGCGUGCACGUGCUCCCGCUCGAGCACGCCGCGUUGUUGCCCAUGGUACAGGGCGUCAGAGGCGGCGCCGUUGGCGUCGCGAUGCACUGUCCGCCGACGGGCUGCCCCGGCGUCGAGUACAUGGUCGGUGUGCAGGUGCUCCCAGAUGGGCACGGCGCGUUGUUGCCGACGGUGCAGGGGAUGACGGGCGGCAGCGUCGGGGGCGGAUUGAUGCAGAGGCCCCCGCAACGAUGGUGUGGAUGA